AUGAUAAUUGACCAUAACGGUGGUUCCUCGCUAUUUUCUGUCGUUUCACUUGACUGUUUACUCUUUUUUUCCCUUCUCUGGCAGGUUACUUUAUGGCUAAAGAAAAUAUAUGGGAAUCAGCCUAUCCCACAGUACGAAGUGAAUGCAAGGACAGUUGAUAUCUUGUAUGAGCUUGUAGAAUGCAAUGAAGCCAGAGACAGGGAUGUUUCUUUGCUGAUAGAGGACAUGAAGCAGAAGGCAGCAGAAUAUGAAGCAGAAGCUAACUAUCUACAGGGCCUUCUCGCAGAAAGCCUAGAUCUUUCUCUGUCCAGUCUGUCCAGCGAAGGCACCAGCUACCUCGACGUCCUGGUAAACAGCGCAAUGACACUUGAAACGAAGGACACUUCUCUUGCCAGCUUCUUCUGUGCCAUCAAUGAUAUGACUUCGGAGCUGUAUGCAACAGAAUCAGAAAACAGAGAAAUGGAACUGGAAUUGACCAACAUUAGGAAAAAACUAACGGCAGCGCUGAUGCUGGAAAAGCAGUUAGAGGGGGAUCUUAAAAAAACAGAGGAACGUCUGGAAGUAGAAAAGGCCAAAGCUGACAGCCAAUCCCAGAACUUGAAGUUCCUGAAAGAUAAAUCUGAGGAUUUAAAAAUCAGGAUCAAGGCUGCUGAGGAGCAGCUUGCUGCCACGGGGUUGAACCAAUCGCUGACACACGAGUCGCUCGUGAGCCUGUCUGAGCAACUGGCUGCACUGCAGGAAGAAAUUGUGCCUUUGAAGAAGAAACUGGAGUCCUACCUAGAUUUAACUCCUAAUCCUGCCCUUGCACGAGUGAAGAUUGAAGAAGUAAAACGAGAACUGAAUGCCUUGGAGGCAGAGUUCUCAAAGGAGAUCGAUAUGCUGACUCUUGAGAUGCCAGAGCCCAGCAAACUCCGGUUCACCUGAAGCGGCCUGCCCAUGGAAGAUGAUCUCCCUUCUGUUGUCUAUUUAUUUGCACUAGUAAAGCCUUUUGGAAUUCUUACUGUACUUCUGCAGCUUUCUGCCUUACUCUUCUUGCUGUUGGAUGGCACACUUGUGACCUUCCAGCAGGCAUGCUCAUUUUUAGGGGUUCAUGUAGCCUUGCAUUUGUAAACAUCACCUAGUUUUCAUAAAAUAACCCCCAAA